UUUCCAAAAUAACAAAAAAGAAGCUUGUCCAAUAUUUUUCCCAUGGCUUGUGUACUAUAGACUUAUAUUUCAAGCUAGAAGUCAUGUCCAAAAAGCAGAAAAAUAAAAGUAUAAAAGGUCUUGAUCCAACACAAAGAAUCGGGGGUCAGUUAAAGCAAAAUAAGACUGUAAAAGCAUCUGGAGAGAUGGAAGCUGUCCGUGUAACUAGAUCGUCACCUAUGAGUGCCUCAAACACUCCAUCAAGCUUGUAUGAAUUUAUUGGGGAAUCUCCUCUUGGUGACAGUAAUAAAAACUCUGGUAAAAAACAAAGUCAGUCCAAAGCUGAUGGGAAGGUUACAAAGAAAAAGGUGGAAAAGGCAAAGACAGUAAAGAUAAAACCUGCAUCAGAGGACAAAAAUAAGAAAAAGGCAGGAAAUACGAAAACAUCAGUAGCCCCCUCAAAGACGAGUGUUACAAAAUGUACACCAAAAGGACGAGUGUCAAAGGCAGUCAUACCACUAGAAAAUAUACAUGAUGAGAAUGAAACAAAGAAAGGCAAUAAAAGACUCAGGGCAUUAAAACCAAUACCACCACCAAAUUUAGAUGAUAUCUCACCAAUAGCUUGUGAAAGAAAGUCGACGCCAUCUCGAAAAAGAGCCAGUGAUUCUAAAAAGGGAAUCAAUGAAACUGCUAAAAACAGGAAACUAAGGUCAUCUAAAGGUGGUGAAAUUCAGUUAACUGCGAGUGUUUCCUAUAUGGAAUCUGAGGAGGGAAAUUCAGCUGAUGAUAGUGCAAUUUUUGUAUCACCGAGACAAACCAUGCCGAGAUUUAAUGCUGCUAAAACAUCAACACCAGCAAACGUUUCAGCUAAAAGCAAGAAAAUGCCUGUGAAAAAUAUGUCUAGACUUGCUUCUAAAGAUACGUCAACACCUAAUGAGUCUAAACCAAAAAGAGGUUUCACAGGCAUAAAAGGUAACAUUUCCAAGCUAUCACCAGUUCAGCGCCUGGAUACCCCAACAUCAGACUACGGAUCUAUGGAGGUAAUCCAAACGCCCAGCCCAACACCUCCUGUUAAAGCAAGCAGAAAGAAAAGAGGAAAUUCUCCAGCAUUUACUCUAGAAGAUGAGGAUUCAGGAGAAAAUUUUAACCUCAAUAAGUCAGUUGACAGAUCAUACAAAAAGUCCAAGAGGAAGUAUGAAACUGGAAGAUUCUCUACAUCAAAGCUUGAUGAAUGGGCAGAUAAAGUGAACUCUGAACUUGAAGACAUUGAGAACUUUGAACUUAGUGUCGAAGGAUAAAAUUGAAAAUUGACGAGAGAUAAUUAAUCUCGGAACAGACCUGUGGAUGAUUUAUUAGUAUGUUUAUAAGUAGAAUACUGUGAAUCAAGGAUUUUGAAAAUCUAGUAAAUGAUCCAUGCCACUUUAGUGAAAGUGAAGGGUUAAGUUAACCCAUUUAAAGAUCUUAUCCUGAGAUUUACAUGUAUAUGUGUAUAGAGAAAAAAUGAUAGAACAAUGGUGUUGGAAAUCAUGAAGGAUUUUGAAAACAGGAAAUUGCAAAGAAAUUUGUAUCAAAAUUUCUUUGUUAUAUCAAAAUAUAGAGUGAGUUUUGACACUGUUGCUAAGAUUUAUCCAUAAGUAUGGGAAUACAUAUUUUGUGUUGUGUGUAUGUUAAGUGGGAAUAUGUAAUAUGUUGUAUUUGUAAAUUGCAGUCAUUUAACAAAUAGUUUUACAUAGAUCUUUGCAGAGCUCACAGAAAGUGAACAAGUUUGUAUUUAUUUGAAUAGUCCAGCUGGUUUGUUGUUGUAAAAUUGUAUGUUUUAUGGAUGAGUAUGUAAAAUAAGCUGUGUAUAUAGCAGACAUAUACCUGCUUAUUUGUCAGAUAAAAUAUUUUAUGUUCAGACCAGACACUGGUAAAACUGUAAAUUUGUAACUUUUAUUGUUAGCUCGACUAUUCGAAGAAUAGUCUAGCUAUUCUACUCACCCUGGCGUCGGCGUCACACCUUGGUUAAGUUUUUGCAUGCAAGUACAUACAGCUAUCAUUUAAAGGCAUAUAGCUUUGAAACUUAUUUUUUCUUUUUCUAGGUCAAUUACCAACCUCUCUGGGUCAAGUCCCAUAACUCUGACAUGUAUUUUGAGCAAAUUAUGCCCCCUUUUGGACUUAGAAAAUUUUGGUUAAAGUUUUACAUGCAAGUUACCAUCUCCAAAACUAAUGCAGAUAUUGAAUUGAAACUUCACAUGUGUCUUCGAGGUUAUAAAACUAGUUGAUAGCACCAAGUCCCAUAACUCUGACCUUCAAUUUGGCCAAAUUAUGCCCCCUUUUGGACUUAGAAUAUUUUGGUUAAAGUUUUGCGUGCUAGUACAUACAGCUAUUACUAAAAGGCAUAUAGAUUUGAAACUUAUUUUUUCUCUUUCUAGAUCAAUUACCUACCUCACUGGGUCAAGUCCCAUAACUCUGACAUGUAUUUUGGCCGAAUUAUGCCCCCUUUUGGACUUAGAAAAUUCUGGUUAAAGUUUUGCGUGAAAGUACAUACAGCUAUUACUAAAAGGCAUAUAGAUUUGAAACUUAUUUUUUCUUUUUCUAGAUAAAUUACCUACCUCACUGGGUCAAGUCCCAUAACUCUGACAUGUAUUUUGGGCAAAUUAUGCCCCCUUUUGGACUUAGAAAGUUCUGGUUAAAGUUUUACAUGCAAGUUACUAUCCCCAAAACUAAUGCAGAUAUUGAAUUGAAACUUAACAUGUUUCUUCGGGGUUAUAAAACUAGUUGAUAGCAUCAAGUCCCAUAACUGAUAUGUAUUUUGGUCUAUUAUGCCCCCUUUUGGACUUAGAAAAUCCUGGUUAAAGUUUUGCGUGCAAGUACAUACAGCUAUUACCAAAAGGCAUAUAGCUUUGAAACUUAUUUAUUCUUUUUCUAGGUCAAUUACCAACCUCACUGGGUCAAAUUCCAUAACUCUAACAUGUAUUUUGAGCAAAUUAUGCCCCCUUUUGGACUUAGAAAAUUCUGGUUAAAGUUUUACAUGCAAGUUACUAUCCCCAAAACUAAUGCAGAUAUUGAAUUGAAACUUAACAUGUUUCUUCGGGGUUAUAAAACUAGUUGAUAGCAUCAAGUCCCAUAACUCUGAUAUGUAUUUUGGUCUAUUAUGUCCCCUUUCGAACUUAAAACUCUUUUGAUAUUUAACAUUUUGGGUAAUAAUUUCCUGCUUCUGUGACAAUAUUUCGAAUAGUCGAGCUUGGCUGUCUUACGGACAGCUCUUGUUUAAAUUUGAAGGUAAUUUCCAGUAUUUAAAAAUGAAAGACUUUGAAGUCAUAACAUUUUUUAUGCAAAACAAGUUUUAGUUACUUUUUAGAUAAAAAGUAUUAUUUUAUUAUCCAUCUUCAUUUUUUCACGAAUAAUAACAAGGCGUGUUAUUUUAUUAUGUCACAACUUCUUAUCUUAUCCUUUCCUAUCUUCUUAACUUUACUCUACAAUUGUUUCUAUACUGAACACUCUAGAUUUAUGAAAUGCAGGCCAUUGAUUUAGUUGAUACUCCUCUUAUCUGUCUGAUGUAAGACCUGACAAGUCUUUGUUUGGGUAAAAUCCAUCCCUAUCAAGCUCACUCUGUCUGCUAAUAAUUUUUAGUUCUGUAGUGAUUUGAAAAUCUUGACAGUGUUUGAUAGUUAAAAAUUAACUCGUAAUAAACUUGGUAUAUGAUCACUCAUUAUCUGAUAUGUAUCUUUAUUCUAUUUGCUAAAACUAGCUAAUCUAGUUUCUUACUGCUGUAAAAUUACAUUUUUGAAAAAUACCUAACAGCCUACCUACUAAUUUUGGGUAUGUUUCCCUAAACAAAGAUUUUUCAGGCCCAUUCAUAGAGAUAUGUCCCUUUAAAAUAGUGUAAGAAUUAGUUGAUUCAGUUCUUAUAUGUAUAUAUUAUACUGCCUAAAGUCUGGUUGUGCUUUUAAAAUUGUUCAAUUGAUAAAACAUUAUUUUCUACGGAACAGCAGGUUUCUACUUAAAUCAGUUGAAAGUUUAACAUAGUGUUUGUUGACCUUGAAAAACACCCAUAAAAACUAACUUAAAAUGGUAAUGAAAAAUCUCGUACAUGUUAAUUACAUUUUUUUAAGACACUUGUGAAAAUUGAAAUUCGUGCAAAGAGCGUCUGACUUAGGAAUUUUUGAAAGAAUGCGCUUUUCUCUUGUGCCUUAUAAGUGUUCACAUAUCUUUCCGAAUCGCAACGUCUUGCAUGGGCAGUAGGAUAGAUUCCCGAUUGAGGCAGUGCCUUAUUUCAUAUUAAUUGAUUUUGCUUCUAACUGAACUGACAGGGAGUUUGAUUUCCCUGUUAUUGAGAAUGUAGCAGCAUAGUACAUGUAUAUAUGAGAAAAGCAAUUGAAAUUCAUUUAUUUACGUUUUUUUAGACAACAUAUUUUGGGUUAUAGAUAACUGUUUUAAUGAAUUAUAUGUAUCAGUAUAGCUAGUUUAUUAUUUGAUGAAUUUAUUCUAUUAAAGCAAGGUAAAAAGUG